AUGCUGUCGAGACAAGUCAUCCUCCGCGCCUCCAGAGCUGCCGCUCCCCAGCGGGCAAUUGCCUCGCAGGUCCGCUUCUACGCCGCCGCCCCGGCUGCCGCAGCCAACGAGAACGUCAAGCCUCCGGUCACCCUCUUUGGCAUCGACGGCACCUAUGCCACCGCCCUUUACACCGCGGCCGUCAAGACCCAGUCGCUCGAGCCCACCGCCCGCGGCCUAUCCCAGCUCCAGCAGCUGGUCAAGAAGGACCCGAAGCUUGCCACCAUCCUUAGCGCCCCAACCCUGACUGCCUCCGACAAGAGCGCCAUCGUUGCCGAGCUCGAGAAGUCUUCGGGCUCCAGCAGCGCCGCCGUCAAGAACUUGCUCGAGGUUCUGGCCGAGAACAACCGUCUUGGCCUCUUGCCCGAGGUCUGCGCCAAGUUCGGCGAGUUGAUGAGCGCUGCGCGUGGCGAGGUUGAGAUGACUGUCACCAGCGCCCAGCCUCUUGACAACCGGACACUGUCCCGCCUCGAGACUGCCGUCGCCAAGUCGAGCUACGUCGGUGCUGGCAAGAAGCUCAAGGUCACCAACCAGGUUAACCCUGACAUCAUUGGUGGACUUGUUGUUGAGGUCGGCGACCGGACUAUCGACCUUAGCGUUUCAUCCAAGCUGGCCAAGAUGAACAAGCUCCUUACCGACGCCCUGUAA